AUGCGCGCUGCUGCAUGCCUGAAGUCUUUUCAGUAUCACAACAGUCCAACACAGCCUGACAUCGAGUACGAAAAAGAGAAAGAGAGAGAGGAAAGAGACAGAAAGGAGAGAGAUCGGAAGAAGGAGACAAAGGAGACAAAGGAGACAAAGGAAUCGGUGAAUGGAAAGGAAGGAACGAAGGACGCCAGGUCCAAAGACAAGGUCAAGGAAAAGGAGGUGGUAAGAGAAAAAGCUAAAGAGAAGGACAAGGACAAGUCAGACAAACCCAAAGCUAGGGAAAGGGAGGAGACAAAGGAGGCCAAGGCGAAAGAUGUGAAGGAGUCGAAAGAGAAGGACAGGAAAAGAGAUAAGCGAUCCCAAGAGGAGGAAGAAGAGGAGGAGCCAAGAAAAAGAGACGGCAGCAACAGGAGAACCAAAGAGAGGAGCAGAAAGCGCAGGGAUCCUUCCUCUGCGAGUCAAGACAGCAGGUCUAGAGAUCGCCGGAAGAGGAGAGAGAAAGAGAGAUACCGGGAACGUGAUCGGGAACGUGAUCGUGAUCGGGCGCGGGACCGUGACCGUGAGCACGACCGAGAUCGAUCGCGAAGCAGAGAUGCAGGGCCCAGCCGCACAGCAAAGGAUGUCAAGGCUCCUGCAUCCACUCCAUCUGCGGCCACUGCUCCAGCAAGGCCCCACUUGUGA